UUCGCACAUCACAUCACUCGACAAAUAAAUAUUAAACAUAAUUAGUAUCGUUCAGAGUGUUAUAGAGUGUGGAACUUAGAAUUGUAAAGGCCAAGGUAUUAUGUACGUUAUACUAAUUGGCACGCUGUUGCUGAGCAGCGCGUGCGCAAAUGACGAUGCCCAGUACGUCAACGUGAAAUCUGUGAAGGGUGGCCAUAGAGGCGGCGGAUACAAUUACAACCCUGGAGCUAACUAUCCAAAUUUCGGCAGCUAUGGCUUGCGUCAAAACAUGACACAGCAUGGCUAUGGAGCUCAGAACGUCUCUCAGCAUGGGUACGGUGCCCAAAACACAUCACGUCGUAUUGACUUUGAAGUGGGAGUUUGCUAUAUUGAAGUACCGACGGCGAGCUUAGUUCGUGAUCCCUCACGUAUCCCAGCUGGCAAUGGAUCGAGGCCUGACCUUAGCCGUAUUAGAUCUUGCUGUCAGGGAUACAUAAGAAAUAUCUACAACUUCAAAAUCUGUGAUCCUGUUUGCUCUCAAGAGUGUGUGAAUGGACACUGUUCUGCACCAGAAACAUGCACAUGUUUCCCUGAUCAUGUAAAAAACAUAGCCGGUUUCUGUAUAGCAACUUGUCCCAUAGGAUGUCAGAACGGUCACUGUAGUGGGGGUGAAUGUUUGUGCAAGGAGGGGUAUAAACUGGAUUUAGAAAGCAAAUACUGCGUACCCGCUUGUAAGGAAAGCUGUGGUGGAAUAGGAAAUUGUACCGAGCCCAACGUUUGUAAGUGUAAAGUAGGGUAUGAAUCCACUCCCGAUGGAAACUGUAGACCAGUUUGUGAUAGUUGCAUUAAUGGAGACUGUGUUGCACCGAACGAAUGCCGCUGCAAGCAAGGAUAUACCAAAGAUCAACAAGGAAAGUGCAUACCUCAAUGUUCUCAGGGAUGUAAACCAGACGGAAGAUGCGUUUCUCCAAACGUGUGCGAAUAUCCAACCCCAGUGAGACCUUCAAAUACCCCUCCUCCCUUUUAUCCAACCAAUCAACAAAACCGUCCCGUCUAUCCUGGUGGUGAAUUACCUAGGGGAGACAUAGGAGAGGAAGGUAACGCUGGACAAAGGUAUCCUGGUAAAAACAAUACAACUAAUGGCACGUUUUCUCAAGAUGUGCCCAGAAAUCCAUUAUACCCUGGAAAUCAAAUAUAUCCUGGAAAUCAAGUAUAUCCCGGAAAUCAAGUAUAUCCCGGAAAUCAGGUACAUCCUGGACAUCAAGUAACCCCUGGUACAAAUGAAAACCCAGGAAAUCAAGCUUAUGCUGGAAAACCAAUUUACCCUGGAAACCAAGUGUACCCCGGAAACAAUAUGAACCCAGAGCAACAAAUGUAUCCGGGAAAUCAAGUGUACCCCGGAAAUAAUAUGCACCCAGAUCACCAAUUGUAUCCAGGAAACCAAGUAUACCCGGGAAAUCAAAUGUACCCUGGCGUUCAAGUUUAUCCUGGUAGCCAGGUUUAUGGUAAUCGAGGCCAAUACGAUUAUCAAAGUCAAUUUGAUGUCCAAAGUGGAAACCACAGAGAAUCUGAAACUCAAGGACAAACUAGUUACAAUCAAUUUUCUGAAAGUCAACUAUCUGACCAAUGCUCUCAACCUUGUAUCAAUGGCGUUUGUAUUGGAGACAAUAUAUGCCGCUGUAACCCAGGUUAUUUGUCUGAUGCGAACGAGCCAAGCAGAUGCGUUCCCAAUUGUCCGGGUGGUUGUCCCAAUGGCGUCUGCUCUGCGCCUCACUUUUGCAUCUGCAAUGUUGGUUACUACAAGGACACAAGUGUGAAAGGUCGCCCGGCAUGCGUGAAACGCAUUCGCCGAUCAGUCGAUAAUAAGGAACCGGUCAAUGUCGCUGAACUCCUAAUAUUCGAUGUACCUGAUUACUAAAUAAUGAUUACACCGCUUAUUUUAAUAAAAAUCUAAUAAUAAUUA